AUGCCACCGAAGUCACUGAAGGAGAACAAUAGUUUACUCGCUGCCAGCGGAUCCAGCGAAUCGGUGUUGCCAGUUUCACAGAAUUCACCACAACAACUCCCACCCGUGAAACUGAUUUUCCUGCUACUUUUUCUAUUGCUAUAUCUUGGUAGUUUUGCAUUGAUAGGUCGCUUCAGACGUCGCGACCGAGAGGAUUUAUUCUCCACUGACGACGAUGAGAUUACCGUAUAUAGGAUUAGUUUAUGGUUGUGCACAUUUUCAUUGGCAGUGGCAGUGGGUGCAGCGCUGCUCCUCCCAAUAUCGAUCGCCAGCAACGAGGUACUGAUACUGUACCCCAACAGUUACUACGUGAAGUGGCUCAACAGUUCGCUGAUUCAAGGUCUAUGGAAUCACGUGUUCCUGUUCUCCAACUUGGCCCUGUUUGUGUUGCUUCCGUUUUCCUACCUAUUUACCGAGUCCUCCGGCUUCAGCGGCCACAAGAAGGGCCUGAUGGCACGGGUCUACGAGACAUUCACCGUGUUCUCGCUGCUGGCGUUCAUCGUGUUUGGCAUGACAUAUGUCAUCUCGGCGCUACGCGAUCCCGAACGGAACACCUUCCAGGCGCUGUUCAACCUGGGAAAAUAUCAUCUGCCAUUUCUAUACUCAUGUGUAUCAUUUUUAGGAGUACUUUUAUUGUUAGUUUGUACCCCCAUGGGCUUCGUAAGACUGUUCGGCGUCGUCGGCCAGGUGCUGGUCAAGCCGAACUUGCUUCGUGACGUCAACGAAGAAUUCCACGCCUUCAAUCUCGAGGAGGCAACCGUGCGACGAAAGUUGGCAAACGCCAACAUAAACAUCGAGCUGAAAAGCGUAACGACGGUCGACUCGGCACCGUCCAAGCUGUGCGCAGACCUGGAGGAUUUGUAUCAAAUCCGACCAACGAACGGCGGCGGCGGCGCCGUCAGCGAGUCCGCCAAACUUUUCGAAAGACUGAGAGAGCUUGAGGCUGAACGAAAACUAUUAGAUAAGCAACGCAGUUCGUCAGCGUUGCAGAGAAAUCUUGUCUAUCCGGUAGCAAUGUUGCUAUUGCUUCUACUGACCGGAAUCACCGUAUUGCUGGUGGUGCAGAAUACGUUGGAACUGCUGAUUGGAAUCAAAGCCGUUCCACUCAGCACUCGGCAAUUCACUCUGGGAAUCACUUCCCUCUCGAAGCUGGGCCCACUGGGGGCUGCCCUGGAGGUGUGCAUCAUCAUGUAUCUGGGGGUAACCUCGGCGGUUGGGCUCUACACGAUGCCAUUCAUGCGAAACGUUCGCCCUCAGCGGCGAAAGACGUCCCUCUGCCAGUUGAUUGCCAACUGUGCGCUAGUGUUGAUUCUCAGUUCGGCUCUGCCGUUGCUUUCGCGAAUUCUUGGAAUCACCAACUUCGAUCUGCUGGGCGACUUCGGCGAAAUCGAGUGGCUCGGCAACUUUAUGAUCGUGCUGCUGUACAACGUGAUCUUCGGCACGGCGGCCACGCUCUGUUUGGUCAACAAGUUUACGGCCACCGUGCGGCGGGAGCUGUGCGCACGAUUGAAGGCCUUGUUCGACUACGGUGGCCAUCUGGAGUCCAGCCUUCAGCAAAGUUCUCUGCCUCAUCUGGUGACGACGGCGUACGGUCACCAGUUGCAUCAAGCAUCACCGCAAGUUGAAACCAGCGGACCAUCGACGGGCCAGCGCCAUCACGUAGUUUUAGAGUCAGGUGACAUGGUCGUUACGCAGCGACCGAAUCCGACGGAAGACAUUGCUGGUGUUCCCUGUGAACCAAGCCGCCAUACGAUCCCCAACGGGUCGGAAGAUAAGAAAGCCAUCUAAGUUUUUGGACAAGCACUACUAUAGAAUCUUAACCGAGUGUGAUAACAGCAUUUUUCACCAUCAACGCAACAAGAUAAAUUCUGUCAGUAUCAGUAUUUUACCAGGAUGUGAAUAACUACUCAAUGCUCA